GUCUGGUUUUGAGGGUUGGGUAGAGACUGCGGGAUCCCACCAGAGGCCGCGGCACCCCACAGCCCUAAGGCGUCCCGGUCUUGCCUUUCCUCGGUCGCCGAGCGCGAGCCAGCGUGACCCGCGUUCCCUGCAGCCUGGGGUCUAAGCAGGAAUCGGCUGUGAAAGUGACAUCAGCGCAUGGACUGUCAGUCGGAAGAGAGUGCUCUGAGAACAGAUGCACAGGCCUUGCAGGAAGCAGAAGGCUUCCCAGAGGCCAGAGCUGAUGAUGGACUCUCUGAAAGCUUUCAGCUUCUGCAGAUGGAUGUGCGAUAUGAGCAUCAAGAAGAGACCAGCCCUGCAGACGGUGUCGUAUGGAGCUCGAAAAAUGUGCAAAGAAAACAGAGACACUGGGAAAGGAUAGUCUCCUCAAAGAAGAGCAAAAGGAAGCAGGAAAGAGAGAGAAGGAAAGCCAAGCGUGCAGAAGACCCAGGCAAUGGCACCUGCCCACAGCACAGCAAACGUUUUUUGAAAGCCUUAACCAGAGAGAAACUUUUGGAAGCCAAACACUCAGGACCAAGACUAUGUGUUGACUUGAGCAUGACCCAGCACAUGUCAAAGAAGGAGUUGAGUAGGUUGGCAGGACAGAUUCGAAGGUUGUAUGGUUCCAACAAAAAAGCCCACAGGCCCUUUUGGAUCUGCCUUACCGGAUUCUCCACUGACAGCCCCCUCUAUGAGGAAUGUCUGAGGAUGAAUGAUGGAUUUUCUGCUUACUUGCUCGAUGUGACAGAAGAAGACUGCUUUAGCCUUUUUCCUCUGGAAACCCUUGUGUACCUGACUCCUGACUCCGAACACCCCCUUGAAGACAUUGAUCAGAGCACAGUUUACAUUAUUGGUGGACUUGUGGAUGAGAGCAUUCAGAAGAAAGUGACAUUUCAAAAAGCCCGAGAAUACUCUGUCAAGACAGCCCGCUUGCCAAUUCAGGAAUACAUGAUCAAGCGACAGAAUGAGAAAAACUACCAUUCAGAAAUACUGGCCAUCAACCAAGUGUUCGACAUCCUGUCUACUUACUGUGAAACUCAUAACUGGCCUGAAGCAUUGAAGAAAGGAGUUCCUGCAGGAAAAGGCUACAUUCUACGGAAUUCAGCGGAAUGACAAGCACCCUAAGGUUCCAGCUGCAGGGGGUGAAGUGCCAGAGGUGUCAUGACCAAAGGACAACGCAAAGGAUGGCAAUAGCACACACUUGCUUCUUGGAUCUUUGAAAGCCAUUUGUGGCAAGGACCACAUUUUAUGCUAUGUCACCCACUAUGCCUGGAUCACUGGAAAUGCCCUGAUAAAACAAAUUACGGUUAAAAAAAAGUUUGCGUUAAGGAAUUGCCAAAAUAUGUCAUACUGGGUGUUAAUUCAUGCUUUGUACAUUCCUCUGUUUGUGAAAGGUCUACUUUUAGAGAUGUUUAAAUGAUUGUCCAAGCUUCUCAUUUAACUUACAUAAAAUUAUUUUCUGUCAUCUGUAAAUGUGCUGAUUUUCACCAGCUCAGACACAAGCUGCACAGACACAAGCUGCACAGACACGAGCUGCACAUACACUUUGCCACCCCAGUCCUGUCUGGCUUGCCCUACUUUGUCUUUAGAGUACUUUGUUCUUUCCUGUGGCUCUCACCUUGUUCUUGUUCUGAUUAUGGUCAUGGAGGGCUCCUCUCUUCUGUAAAUACCUUUGUGUAGCCUUGAGCUUAGACAAGCCAAGUGCUCCGUACAAAUUACCCCGGGUCUAAGAAAAACUCGUUAUUAUUGAUAAAUCCCUAGAGUAGCCAGAAAAGAUUGCUGCAUACUAAUCCACCUUCCAUGACACGAGUACAAGUCUUUCCCUCACAUUCAAACACAACCAGCUCAGUUGCCUCCAGUUCUGACUUACCUUGGUUAGUCUACUAGCAAAUUCAUGUGUUUUCUCUAUCUCACAAGAAUCAAAAGUUACCUCUGCCCACUUCCUUCUCUUUUCCCACUAAACCCCUUGGGAACUAUCACUUGAUAAAUUUUAUGUGUUGCUCUUAUUGCAAAAUAGGCAAGGCCUCAGGAAAGCCCCUUAAGGGACUGGGUCACAUAGGCUUCAGGAGUACGUAACUCAAUCUCAGAGAUCAGAAGGGAACAGAGAACCACUGAACUCUUGUCACCUGCCAGUCUACACUUACACACUUUUACCUAGGGAGGUUUUACCAUAAUGUAAAUAGCAAAGAAUCUUCUCUCUAACUCUAGCCCAAACCUCUCCUCUUUAUCCAAAACCUGAGCACAUAGUUUUUUAAGAUUGUGGAAAUUGUGUUAAAUAAUGUUUAGACUUGGAUCAGAAAUCCUCAUCAUACUAUUAUAUAUAAGGAAAAAACUGAAUAUAUAAAAAAUACUAAUUAUGAAGUCAAA